CGGCCGGGCACGCCACUUUUGCUGCAGUUGUUCUCGCUGCUGCUGUCUCCGUCGCUUCUGCUGCUAGUGAGGUAAAGCGAGGUCUGGUGCCGUCUGCCAAACCACGGAGAGGCCGUCUGGGCCCCGCCAGCCGAACCAAUGCUGGACCUAGAGGUGGUGCCUGAACGCUCUCUGGGGAACGAGCAAUGGGAAUUCACGCUGGGAAUGCCUCUAGCCCAGGCAGUGGCUAUUCUUCAGAAGCACUGUCGAAUCAUCAAAAAUGUCCAAGUUCUCUACAGUGAGCAGUCUCCUCUAAGCCAUGACCUCAUCCUUAACCUGACUCAGGAUGGAAUCAAACUACUGUUUGAUGCUUUCAAUCAGAGACUUAAGGUGAUUGAAGUAUAUGACUUGACUAAAGUAAAGUUAAAAUAUUGUGGAGUGCACUUCAACUCUCAGGCCAUAGCUCCCACCAUUGAGCAGAUUGACCAGUCUUUUGGCGCAACUCAUCCUGGAGUGUACAACUCUGCCGAGCAGCUCUUUCACCUCAACUUCAGAGGACUAUCUUUCUCUUUUCAGUUAGACUCAUGGACUGAAGCUCCCAAGUAUGAGCCCAAUUUUGCCCAUGGUCUAGCUUCUCUCCAGAUACCCCAUGGAGCAACUGUAAAACGGAUGUACAUCUAUAGUGGAAACAGCCUACAAGAUACCAAGGCUCCCACGAUGCCCCUGAGCUGUUUCUUGGGCAAUGUGUAUGCUGAGAGUGUAGAUGUUCUUCGUGAUGGAACUGGACCUUCAGGUUUACGACUUCGCCUACUUGCUGCAGGUUGUGGACCUGGCCUAUUAGCAGAUGCCAAGAUGCGGGUAUUUGAACGUUCGGUGUAUUUUGGUGAUUCCUGCCAAGAUGUUCUUAGCAUGCUUGGCUCUCCACAUAAGGUCUUCUACAAGUCAGAAGACAAGAUGAAAAUUCAUUCUCCUUCCCCUCAUAAGCAAGUUCCAUCCAAAUGCAAUGACUACUUUUUUAACUACUUCACUCUUGGAGUGGAAAGGGUAGAUUCCAGAGAGAGAGGAGACUGGUUUUUCUAUCUGGGAAAGACCAAACAACCAGGAGGUGUAGAGGAGCUGCUCUGGAUUCAUAAACUGAAGGACAUCCUCUUCGAUGCAAAUACACACAAAGUAAAGAAGUUUGUUCUACAUACCAAUUAUCCUGGACAUUAUAACUUUAACAUUUAUCACCGCUGUGAGUUCAAGAUUCCACUAGCCAUAAAGAAAGAAAAUGAAGAUGGUCAGACAGAAACCUGCACAACCUAUAGCAAGUGGGACAAUAUCCACGAGCUCUUGGGCCACCCUGUGGAGAAGCCUGUUAUCCUGCACAGGUCCUCAUCCCCAAACAACACCAACCCAUUUGGCUCCACAUUCUGCUUCGGUCUUCAGCGGAUGAUCUUUGAGAUCAUGCAGAACAACCACAUUGCUUCUGUGACUCUGUACGGCCCCCCCAGGCCUGGUGCCCACCUGAGAACCACAGAGCUCCCCUAGGGACAUCACCACCUGUGUCCCUUUGCCCAUGGAACUGUGGGUCUCUGUGCCACCCUAUGGGUUUUCUUGGACACUUUGCCAAGUGUUGAAGGUCUGUUGGAAUGUUCAGAGGUAGGCUCAGGCUGGGUGCUCUGCCGUGGGACAAGGGACCCAAAUAUUCCUCUGUCCAUCUUAAGCCUGCUGCUGCCAGCAGGGAACACAGACUGCAAAGAGAAGCACAAAUUUUGAGCCUUGAUACCUGGACCCAGGAGCUUUGGACUAACACAGAAGAAGUCAGGACACGUCAGCCCCUGUCCCACCCCUUGGGAAAACUUGGGGCUCUUUCUGUGGCUGAUACAAGCAUCCAGGAUAAGGACGAAGUCCUGCCUUUGGCCCCACAUUGCCAUGUGACCUUUAAGGCAGGCAAGUAGUAUCCAUAGUACUUGGUUGCAGCAUUUGCACUACAUCUACUUUAGUUACUUGAGCUGGCGAUGGUCAAGGUGGCUACCUGCCCUUCCCUGUUCCUUUUGUGUGCGUUCCCUGCCAGGCCCAGGAGGCACACCCACUUGGUGAAACAUAGCUUUCUACCAUCCAGGUAUGUGCUCAGGCCUGGUUUCUCCACUGCUCUGGAGCCAGCUUUCAAGGUCACCUUGCCCAUUUUACCCAACCUUGCUGGCAGGGCUUUAUGCUUCCAUUAUGUUUGCCUCUUUUAUUUAAUGCCAAAGUUUUAGCCAAAGACAUCUUCCUUUUGUUGUAUUUUAGCAUUCUGCUCUGCACUGUGGGCCGGCUCCCUGCUCUAGCCCUGUCCACUGUCCCCUGGCUGGCUGGGUCUUUCAUGGCUCAUGGCCUCUGGGGGCUCAAGGAAUGCUGGGCUGCUUGAUCUCUUCAUAAGUCUUGCUAAUGGGAAGUAGCAUAUUAUGUGCUUUAAAAAUAUUAAUCCUUUUGAAAAGAAUUGAGAAGAGAAAUGUAUACUUUUAUCCCAUUUUUAAUAUUUUGGUCUAGCAACUUGUGAUACAUAGAUGACAAUUUUGUGAGUUUUUCAAAUGUGUGUACAGAUUUUUGUAAAUAUGACUUUUGUAAUUAACUCAUGUACAGCCUCAUUCUGUAUAGUUCAUGAUGAAUGUGCAAGGGACCUGCCCCAAGUUCUUGCCUGUGUGGUUCCUGGGCCUACAGCCAGGCUUGUGUGGCACUCUCAUAACUUUGUGACUAAGUGUCUUCCCGUUUUGACCAUUCUGGCCAGAGACCCUGCAACAUCUCAUUGGCAGCGGUAGCCAGGACUGUUCCAUCCUCCUGGAAUGAGGGAAUCUUCCUCAUCCCUUGCCCUCAUUCUAUCUCCAAUAAAGCACCUAUGCCCUCAGCAGCAGCCUUGCCCUGUGCUAUUGCUGG